AUGCGCGUGACAGGCCCGUUCUGUACGCUGCUCUAUGUGAACAUCCGUCUAGCAAUAGCCAACAAAGAGCCUCAGCUUCCAAUCCACAAUACCGCUGAUGCUUGCCCCGACUAUGCGUCAUAUGCGUCUUAUCCCCACAAGCCUCUGAGUACUGGGCCUCUCGCACUUCCCUUUCAAAGGCCCGAGCGACGAUGUCGGACAUUUCACUCUGAUGAAAUUGAGAAAGUUAUAACAGACAUCACGACACGGAUGAAGGACCCAGACCUGGCACGAUUAUUCGAGAACGCUUUCCCGUCAACAACCGAUACGACUAUUAAAUUCCACAACAAAGGCAGAGAUACCGGCUUCGUUCGAUUCGGCGGAUCGCGAACCGUAUUGGAUGACGGCGCCUGGCAAGGGCAUCACUCCUUCAUAAUUACGGGGGAUAUAAUUGCCGAGUGGCUGCGGGACUCGACAAACCAGCUGCGCCCAUAUCAAACACUGGCAAAGAAAGAUCCCGCCAUUUUUGACUUGAUCUUGGGCGCCAUCAACACCCAGGCGGAGUACGUCAUUGAGGCUCCAUACUGCAAUGCUUUCCAGCCUCCUCCUAUUAGUGAUCUUCCAAUAACGUCCAAUGGUCAGGACGACGUUGUCCAUCCAGCAUAUGAACCCAGCGCUGUAUUCGAGUGCAAGUACGAACUUGAUUCACUAGCCCAUUUCUUGGCGCUGGCGAACGACUUCUAUGAACACACAGGCUCGACAGAUUUCUUGAACAACCGAUGGUAUCUCGCAGUGGAAACCCUCUUACAAGUCCUAGAAGAGCAGUCAAAGCCGACGUUCGACCCGGAAACGGGAGAUCAUUCGAGAAAUGAGUACACUUUUCAGAGACGGACAAGCGCUGGCACAGAGACACUCAGUUUGCAAGGAAACGGUAACCCCCUUAACAGCGGCACAGGUCUCAUUCGCUCCGCAUUCAGACCUAGUGAUGACGCCACGAUCUUAGGCUUCUUUAUCCCUGCGAACGCGAUGAUGUCUGUUGAGCUGCGCCGGACCUCUAAGUUUCUCAAGGCUUCAAAUAAAGCAUCUUUGGCAGAAAAGCUGGAGAAGUGGGGUGAGACUUUACGCUCCGCUGUCUGGGAGCACGGCGUGGUCACCCACGCAAAGUACGGACAAGUUUUUGCGUACGAAGUUGAUGGCUACGGUUCUGCCAUCAUGAUGGACGAUGCAAAUUAUCCAUCUCUGCUAGCCUUGCCCCUGAUGGGGUUUUGUGGAAUUGAAGAUCCAAUUUACAAAAAUACAAGAAAAAUGAUACUAGAAAAACUGGGCAAUCCCUACUACCUGAAAGGCAAGGAUUUCGAGGGCAUCGGCGCCAUUUGGAUAAUUGCUCCUUGUUAUUACCUGGCCUGUGGAAUUUUCGAAGAUUCGGGAUUUGCUGGAAAAUUACGUGCAGUACCGGAAGAUGACGAGGGCAUCGACUUGGUGGUCCUGCAAAACAAAAUCAGGGAGCUAGAACAAGACGAACAAGCAAAACCGCAGCUAAAGCCGGUCAAACCUCAUGACACAACAAGGAAGCUGUAUAGACAUGUCGUGUACAUUGUACCAACUUGCGCAAACCCUUCUGGGAAAACCAUGUCUCUUCGACGACGUGAAGAGUUGGUGCACCUGGCACGGGAUCACAAUGCUCUCGUAGUCUGUGAUGACGUCUACGACUUUCUACAGUGGUCCGUUGACCCCGAAGAUGAACAGGGUAACAGGAGUGAUUUGAGACUGCCUAGGCUAUGCGACAUUGAACGAUCAUUGGGAUUUUCGGAGCAGGACCCAGACGAAUUUGGUUACACCGUCAGCAACGGAUCCUUUAGUAAAAUCGCUGGGCCGGGAGUCCGCACAGGUUGGGUUGAAGCCUCCUCAAAGUUCGUCAUUGGGCUAGGUAACACUGCUUCCACACUUUCAGGCGGAGCACCGAGUCAGCUGUGCGCAGCGAUACUGGGUGAGACUCUCCGAACUGGCGAACUACAGAAGCACAUAGCUCGCACGGUUUGUCCAUCUCUGCAGAGGAGAUAUAAGCUCGCCAUGACCGCAAUUCAUCAAUACAUUACGCCUUUGGGCUACCGUGCCCGAGAAACGAGUCUUACCGGAGCUCGAAUUUAUGGUGGAUACUUUGUCUGGCUGUCUCCGAAAGCAGAACUGUCACUGUGCUCCCAGCUAGUCGCCGACGUCGCGAUGGAAGAAGAGAAUCUCGCGAUAGGUUAUGGAUGCAUGUUUGAGGUUCACGGGGACGAUGGCAGUGCUCCGUUCAAAGGUGACAUUCGAAUUUGCUUUGCAUGGGAGGCGGAGGAUGCCUUAAUUGAGGGUAUUCAGCGAUUAGGCUCUUUACUCAAACGAAUGUUGGAAAAUCCAGCGCAGUACGAGAACUGGAAGUCGAAGACCGAAGAAUCAUCGAGUUUCGUACAUUACUACUAA